ACCUCCAUCGUGAACAAUUUGAGAAACCAGUCAUGACCCACAUUCGAUAUUGUGCAAAAGUAUGUUGAAUUGAUCAGAUUACUGGAAAACAAAAUGGAUAUAUUCUUUAAUUCGCUUAUCAUUUUCUUGUUUCAUAAUUCAUUGGAUUUAAUAGAAGCUGCUUAUGACAGAACAGUUUGUCCAGCCAAGGUUCGGUCUAGUCGACAUUAUGUUGCAACAAACAACAAAACAUGCUACUUGUUUGUUGAUAUCGAGAAGUACUGGGACGAGGCUCGGACGUACUGUUGGAAAAUGGGUGGUGAAUUGUUGUAUGUACAGGACCAGCAGACAAUGGAUUUUAUUAAAUUGGUGUUGAAUUCUCGAGAACUGAGAUGGUCAAACAAUGGUGUUUGGAAUGGUGCAAGUGAUCUCAGGGGCAAGGGAUGGGAGUGGACAACUGGAAAGUCUUUGACAUACACUAACUGGUCACCGGGAGAACCUAGCAAAAUGUUGGGAUUUAUAUCGAUUGAGAACUGUGCUUGUAUGAGACGUAGUGACAGUUGGAGGUGGCAUGACUACCAUUGCCAUUUAAAUGGUUAUGAAUACAAGUUCAUAUGUCAGUUUCCUAUGGUAGAAAAGAAAACUUACACUGGUGAACAUGUUAACACUGGAGCACCUCUUGAAGUUGAAAGAGAUGACAGAGUGGCCAUGAUUGGUUUGGUAGUUGCAGGGAUAGCAUUGCUGAUCAUUAUAUGUGCUAUUGUUUAUGCCCUAUACAGAAAACAUGAAAGUCAGAAGAGAGAACAUGUGAAGAGAACACAGCGACUGGCAGCAAGAUUCCAGAAUACAGGCUAUGCAACUAUCAUGCAGGAUAUAUCACAUGACCGGUCACACGACAACAGUAAUGAUACCAGUGUCAACCAGUCAGCUGCUCGCCCAGUCAGCAACAUAUAUCUCGAUCCAGUAGAGAUUAACAGAGUGUAUGAUGUGGUGAACAAAGACACAAGUUUGGAGAGGCGUAAUUUUGCUGAUUCUAAUCAUUCUGAAGGUCGUAAUGAGUCUGAUAUAUCAGAAACUGCUCGCUUGGUUUAUUCAGGAGGGGCUUCUUCAGCUGGAAAUCUUGCUGAGGCAGGAUUGAUGUCAAACACACCAAGUGAGGCAGCAGGGGCAACAUCUGCCUGCUGUUCUAACUCAGCUGGGAGAAGGAUUGAAGAAAAUGAAUACAUUGAAAUGAGUGGGGGAAAUAGCAUGGGAAACAUUGAUAGUCUAGGUAAGGAGGUUAACCCAGCUAGAUGUGCUGGAGGUAGUGUAGAUAAUUUGAAAAAUUGUAAAGGUGGUGCAACUGGCAGUGUUCAUGACUUGAAAUCUUCCAAUAUGUAUGUUACACCUGUCCACUAUGACAGCAAACUGAACAAUAGUGUACCAGUCGAGAAGUCAAAGAGUCCAGAAAUUCACAUCUACAGCAACCGACUUGAUGAAAUUGACAAUAAUAGUUCUCUUGGCCUACGCCCCUUACCACCUGUACCGAAUACAGACAGUACCAUUCCUGUUGAGAAACGUGUGUCAUGAAGUUUUAUGCUGUUACAGUAAUUGUUAUCAAUUAGGGCCAGUUUUUUGUCCUGUAAUGUAAUUUUACAGUGAAGGUUUUUCAUUUUGAAUUAUGACAGAAAGUAUAUCUACAUACAUGGAGUUGACACUAGUUCAGAGGACUUGUAAGAACUCGCCUGGAAAUGUCACCUUGAGCUGAAAAAUACUAAUAUUUAGCAAUGAGGUCAAAAGGAACCAUGUCAGGCUAAUUUUCAGACUGUCCAACUAACUGGUUUUUGAAAAUCGACUAAGUUUAGAAAUGGCCUAAGACCAAAACAUGGAUAUAUAGUUAGCAUUUCAGGAAACAUCACAAAAUAAAAAAUUUCAGUAUGCAGAAAAGGGUGGUGUAUGUUUCCUUUUGAUUGGUUGUUAGGCUUCUUCACUGACAAUAUGACUAAAGUACAUCUCCUAUUACGCUACGCAUAGGAUCUGAGAAUGACCUAUUCAUUGCCUCGUUCUGACGACCCUUUCGCUAGCCAAUCAGAGCCUAACUUACAACAUCUUGCAAAUCUACAUGUAGCCUUGACUUCUGAUAUUUAAAAUUCUUAUGUCAUAAUGUAUCAGAUAGCCGGUUAGCUCAGUCGGUAGGCCACUUGCUUUAUAAGCGAGGGGUUCCGGGUUCGAGCCCUGGAAUGACUGCACAUUUUUCUUACUCUUUCACAUUCGAACAAGUCGUCUGAUUGGUUAAAAUAAAAAUAGCAAUACUGGAAAUCCAAAAUAUACAGAAGACGAAUGUGAAUGGGUCGUUCUCAGAUCUUUGUUUAGAAGAUCAAGUACUUAAGUCAGAUUGCUUCACUGACACUCUCAGUUUAAAUGUCUUCAAAAACUU